AUGUCCCCGCAGCCAGAAGAUGAUCCUAUUUCUCCAGGUUCAACUCGCCAGGGCGGCCUGGCUACGGUCUUUCGCAGCUUGACGAAUUCCAAGUCGAUCAGAGCCCCGCCUCCGCUGUCCAGUCCUUCGGCUGCCUUGCCUCGAGCUGAGCUCAUCAAUGCCAUGUCAACGAGUUCCCAGGGCUUGUCCACGAACCACAUGGACGCAUUUGAGCUGCUCAAGAAUGGCAGCCCGAGCGAACGCAUCUCUGCGGCGAAUACUCUGAAAUACGCAAUCACCGAAUAUCCUCUCAACCCAAUUCUGGAUAUUUGGUACGCUGCAAAAGAUCUCAUCGACCCGAACAACCCAGCUUCAACAAGAGCCGCUGGUUGGGAGCUGCUAACGGAGUGCGCGAAGCAUGCAUCGUCGACCGACUUGGAGCGAAAGGAGUACUUUCAAACUCUGUCUGCACCUGCGAACCCGGAAGAUUUUCAUUUGCAACUUGCCGCCCUUGUUGAUCUGACGAGCCGGGGUCGUGUGCUCGCUGGCUUCGACUAUGACCUGCUACCCCUUCUCACCGUAUGGCUUCAAGAGGCAUACAACGCAGCCCGCAGCGCUAGAAAGAAUUCACAUUCCGGCCGAGGCGCUGCCAGUUCCUCCAGGGGCAAAGCCGCGGCCUCAGGUGAAGAUAAGAACUUUGCGCAGCUCUUCGUCUUUCUUCUAGAUGUCAUCAAAUUCAGUUUCAAUACCGCCGACGAGCCCGCCGUCAAGGACCUAAUUGAGACCAUCCUUACCAUUUGCAUGAGCACAAGCCAAGAGGAUGACUUGCGGUCUUGCAUCAACGUUCUAGAUGCCAUCGUCACGUUUGGCUCCAUUCCACAAAGUAAAUUGAAGGAUUGUGUUCAAGUACUGAGCUCAAUUUACUGCAUGGUUCCUAAUUUGCAGAAGAAUUCAUGGCACACAGUUGCCAAUUUAUGCAAAUCACACAACGGUCAAGCCACAGUUCGAAUCAUGCUGGACAUUCUCAGAAAUUUGCAGCCUGGCGUCAAUGAAAAAGACUCGAGCAGAGAAAUUCGGGGCAGUUUGGCUGUCUUGCAGAAGCUUCUGUCGAAGACGGCUGAGAAGGGUUAUCCGCCUGUGCCUUAUGCCUUAUUGGUUGACGGACUCUCCAACACGCUGAAGGCGACAAAAUCACUGCGCGUGUACUCCGCGGUGCUGCAACUUAUCAACUCGCUUUUUGACGAUGGACUGGGCAAUAUUCACAGACUGAUUGUGGAUGAGGAUUGGUCAACGUCACUUGAUGUUGCAGCGGAAUGUUACCGACGUGUUCAUGAAGGCGUUGAUGCGUCACAAACCUCGCAGUUUCAUGACGACUCUCAAGAGGCAGUGGUUGACCGCGAACUACUGACACUUAUCCAUCGCUUAGAUACAGUCAUCAAGGAAAAGUCUGGCGACUUUGUUCCCCGACAGGCUAUUGUCAAGUUUUUCACCGACGUCCACACGUUGCUCCCAGACGAAACCGCUAGAACAGUACUCGACUACUUCCAAGAGUUUCGGUGUUGCUCUCCCUCUGAUUUGAGAUGGGAGGAAAAUUUGAACCUGGUAUUGGAAGCUUUCUUUAGCAACCGCAUGAGAAGUUCCGACACACGACUAAGGGCCUUGCAAGCCACCAUGGAUGCGUACGAGAUCGUUGAUCUUGUCGGUGACGGCGCAGAGCAGAACUUCAUCCCGCGACUGGCGAAGAGCAUUCUACAAAACAUUGCAGAGGAAGGCGAUGUGCUCGUGCUCGAUGCUGUCAUGUCCCUCAUGGUGUCUGUCGUGGUGUCGUGCGACAUGGAACUGUUCGACUUUGUUAUUGAGGCUUUGAGAGCCAUAGUGGUUGGAGACAGACUAAAAUCUCCAAUCUCGUCACCCGGUAUGUCAUCUACGAUUUCGCCAACAACAGUGGAUGCUCCUGCGCCAGGUCUCGGACAAUCGCAGUCGCCGUCGAACGUGGUCACGAGAGGUUACGUGAGAAUGUUUCUGCGGGUCAUGAACUCCCAUAGCGAAAAGAGCGUCAAGUUGUACAAUGCUCUUGUCGGAAUUGCAAAGACGAGUCACUGCGAGACUGAUGCCAGACUUACCGCAAUGAAACUUCUGUUUCGUCUACGUGCCGAUUGGGCCAAUAGAGUCUUUGUUACCGACGACCUUGACAACACUUCCUUGGCAACAGCCAUGUGCCGCACAGAUGCCUCGUUUGCCAAGAAGCAGGCAGAGGAAGCAGCCCAAUCUCUGCGCUUGUCGAGAAGUGAUCACGGCAAUCAGUCACGAUCAUCACGCGGCGUAUCUUUGAGUCAAUCUCAGCUUCCGGAACGAGCCUUUCCUGUACGGACGCCGAGCGGGGCAAGAAGUAUCGCAACGAAAUAUCACCAGCUUUGGAAAUGCCCCGACCCCGAGGCCUUACCAGAACCCAUACCUACCCUCAUCAGUCCUGUGCUCGUGUCCCAUUCAAUGGCGACAGACGCUACGGAAUCCAACGACGACGCGGACGAAUAUUCUCUGACCGCCCGGCAUCGAAAGCCAUCUACACUGAAUAUGACCAACUGGCUUGAAGCCGUUCUCGAUACACUGCAGGGCAGCGAAUGGGAGGUAUACAGUUUUGUUCUUGUUCAUCUGCCAUCACAGCUUAGCAAUCAUGCCAUUUUUAGAGACGCAAUUCCGCAAAUUCAAGAAUUGCGUCGGAUAAUAUGUGACCAAAUUCGGUCAAAUGGCUUCCAGGAACCUCCAUUCGUAUCUGGGCUGCGACGAGCAGACGUUGCUAUCUGUCUCUUUCACAGUCUUACAAUGAUUCUCAGCUACCAUGAACAUUUCGGCAAAGGUGACGAGGACGAGAUUGUCAAGACAUUUGUUCUUGGGAUCGGUACUUGGGAGCGUACAGCGAAAUAUUGCAUCCAUGCCUUGUCGAUAUGCUGCCACGAACUUCCUCUAUCAACAAGCAAGUCCCUUGUGCAAAUGCUCAACCAAAUGGCGGCUAGUAUCACGCAGCCUCACGUGUCGGUUCAUAUCCUAGAGUUUCUGGCCUGCCUUAGUCGCCUGCACAAUGUCUAUGUCAACUUUAGAGAAGAUGAGUACAGAAUUGUGUUUGCAAUUUGCUUCCGGUACUUGGAGUACGCAAGGGAUAAGCGACAGUCAAACCGCAGUAGCCAUCAGAGUGAGCCGACUACGCCGGGGACACCAGGCCCGACUUCUGGAGAGUCCACACAGGCUGGUCCACCAUCAGAGGAGCUGCCUCAAUACGUCCAUGCUUUGGCAUACCAUGUGAUAUUGUUUUGGUUUCUAGCUUUGAAACUUCCGGAUCGCGCGACUCAUGUCGCAUGGAUUGUGAAGAAGUUGUUUACCGACUCUGAUACCUCUGGACAGAACGCUGAUGAACAAGCACUUACUUCGAUUGAUUUCAUGCAGAGGGUCACCUAUGCGGAUGUCGAUGAGUCCUGCGAAGAUCCGUACUUCACGGAGGACCGAUUUGGGCCGAUUGUAAAGAAGCAGUGGCUCAUUGGGAACAGCGUAGUGACAGUGAAACAAGCGACAAUAUCCGGGUGGGCGCAGAUCAUCAAGCGACAGCCUUCGGGAACAUCGGCGUAUACAAUUCGCGAGACGUACACGCCGCCGCCGCCACAUCAAGUAGAGAACCAUGUUGAUGUGAGCCGAGAGGGCCAACCAACUACCAACUCUAUUCUUCCUAGCCAUGUCCUGGUUCAGCUCAUGUCACCUGUGCCUCAGAGUUUCGAGUCGACUAGGCCCAUUCCAUUACCAGACGACGAAGCGGUUGACCGUGCAAUCAGAGUGUUUGACCGAAGUUCCAGUGUGGACAGCCACAAGGUCGGCGUCAUUUACAUUGGCGAAGGGCAGGAAACCGAGGCUGAGAUUCUCGCGAACGUAUCGGGCAGCAGCGACUACACAGAGUUCUUGAACAAUCUGGGAACUCUUACAAAGCUCAAGGGCGCAACGUUCAACACGCAGGGAUUGGAUCGAGAGUAUGAUUCCGACGGGCAGUAUACGUUUUGUUGGCGUGAUAGGGUGACGGAGAUUGUUUUCCACGUCACGACUCAAAUGCCAACAAAUAUAGAACGCGACCCUCAAGGCACUCUCAAGAAGCGACAUAUUGGCAACGAUUUUGUCAAUAUCAUAUUCAAUGAUUCGGGCAAACCGUUUAGGUUUGAUACGUUUCCGAGUCAGUUCAACUAUGUCAACAUUGUUAUAACACCAGCGUCUCGUGCGUCUUUUAUUGCAACAAGAACAGCUGAUAGGCCUGGGGCUGGACAGCCAUUCUACCGAGUUCAAGUUUUGAGCAAACCUGGCUUUCCGGAAAUAUCACCUGCAUCAGAGACCAAGAUGGUGUCCUUGAAUGCGUUGCCUGGCUUCAUCCGCCUCGUAGCACUCAACGCUUCGGUGUUCUGUCAUGUUUGGAAUGCGAGGGAGGGUGGCGAGCACAUCAGUUCGUGGAGCGGUCGGCUCAGAGAGAUUAAGCGUCUCCGCGAGAGAUAUGGCCCAAAAACAGGCACGAGCUUGGCGCCAUCGCCACCUCCGACCUCGUCCUCACAAACUCAGCCCUCUGAGCUGUCACGUCCCAGCAGCAGCGUGCGGGAUAGUUUUAGCAGCCUUCGGCGCACCAGCGUCGCUACGUUUUUCACCAGCACUAGCGAACAAACCUCCCACCGAUCAUCCAUGCUGUCUUCAUCGGCGACUACACACGACACCGAAGUAGGGCAUCCUAAUGGGACGAACGCUUUGGUGGAGUCUGUGGACUUUUCCAAGUGGGCAUAA